ACAAGAAAAACAAUAUCACGUGUUAUAUUCAGUCUAAAAACAUGUCUCUUACAGCAUUACCACUUGUAUCUAAAUUUCCAAGUCAUAUAAUAAGGAUAUUAGGAUGUAAUCCUGGUGUUAUGACUCUUCAAGGUACCAAUACAUAUUUACUUGGCACUGGACAAAGACGUAUUUUAAUUGAUUCUGGUGAUGAAGAAACAGCUUCAGAGUAUACAAAGUUAUUGAAAAGUGUUUUGGAUAAAGAAAAAGCGACAAUUGAACACUUGAUAAUAACACAUUGGCAUCAUGAUCAUAUAGGUGGAGUGAAAGCAGUUAAGGAAUUGAUUAAAUCAAUUUCAGCUUCACUCCCAAUUGUAUGGAAAUUACGUAGAAGCUUUGAAGAUGAUGACAAUGAGUCUGGUUGUGGUGAAGACUGGCAAGCAUUAAGUGAUGAACAAUUUAUUGAAGUUGAUGGUGCUAAGCUACAAGUAAAACAUACUCCUGGACACACUACUGAUCAUGCAUGUCUGGUACUCCAACAAAAUAAUUCUCUUUUUAGUGGUGAUUGUAUUCUCGGUGAAACCACUGCUGUAUUUGAAGACUUGAGUGAAUAUAUGAAUUCACUGAAAAAAAUUUUAGAUUCGAGUCCUAAAAUUAUUUAUCCAGGACAUGGGCCUGUGAUAGAUAAUCCCCUGCCGAAAAUAAAAUAUUAUAUUGAUCAUCGUAAUAAACGAGAAUUACAAAUCGUUGACUUUUUGAAUCAAAAUAGAGAUAAAUGGUUAUCAAAUAUGGAUAUCGUGGCUCAUAUGUAUAAGGAUACACCAGAAACUUUGUGGCCAGCUGCGAAAAUUAAUGUCUUCCAUCAUUUACAAAAAUUAUUAAAAGAAAAUAGAGUGAGGACGAAAGAUGACAAUUGGCAAUUAGUGACAAUAGAUCAUAAAUUAUAAUUAGAAAAAUAUAUUAAUUAACUUUAAAAGAUACAAUAUUUUUUGUAACAAAAAAAAUAUAAAUUAUAUUAAUUUUAGUAAAAUAUUUUUAAAAUUAUUUUUUAAAUCGCAUGGUAAUUUAUUUUAAAAUACGAAAAAUUAAAUGGGUUUAAAACAAAAUUAAUGAAAUAAAAGAUAUUCCUGAUAUCUGUAGUGAAUGUUCAUAUUGAACCGAGGGUAUAUAUAAUAUAUAUGUUACUCGAGGAGAUGUGUGGAGUCUCAUGACAGCUAAUGGCUUUGAAUUUAUGUAUACAUAAAUUCACAUGCACGAUCGAGUCUCUACGUAGUCGUAUGGACGAAUUGUAGGUGGAAACUGGUCGUGAACAUGGAGAAUACAGACGUAAGUUGCCUGGCGUAAUUAGUAAUACCCUAUCAAAAAAAUCCGUGGGAUUGUAUGGGAAUCUAAAAGACGGCUGCCCCAUUUCAAAACACAGUAAUUGAAAAAAUAAAAUUUUUGAAACAUAAACUAAAUCAUGUUCACAAAACUCCACUGAAACCGAAAAUACUAAAAAAUCGAUUUUGAAAAAUUUUUCGCUGUGUUUUGAAAUUGGGUAGCCAAGGAAUCCAUAUAGAAAAGUAUGGAUUUAUGAAGAACCCAUAGGAAUUAAUAUAGAAAUAUAUGGAUUUGUAUAAGAAUCAAUGCGUAGAAAAUAAUGGGGAAUCCAUAUUAGAAACUAUGGAUGCCUGAAUUCUCUUAGAAGAACUUGACAUAAGAACUAGGAUGUAUGGAUUUAUUUGUGGGAAAUUCAUAGAGAAAUCUGUUUCUAUAUGAGUAAUUUCUAUAGAAUCCGGAAUAUUUGGAUUUCUAUGUACAUCAUCUAUUGAUACGCAUACAUGAAUAAAAAAACAGAUUAAUAUUUUAUUAGCAAGAUAUUUUUUUUUUUCAUCAAUUUGUUUGUAUCAACAACGUGACGCUUUUUGUUAAUUUUCUUAAUUCCUAAUCCAUACAAGAUUUCCAAAUGGAUUUUGACAUGGUAUGGAUUCUCAUAAGAACCCAUGUGAGAAUCUAUGUCGGGAUCUAUGCUAGAUUCUUAUAGGAAACUAUAUGGAAAUCCAUCCGAAAACGACAUGUGGGAACCCACAUAGGAAUCAAGUCUGGAUUCCCACAUGAACUUUUUUGAUAGGGUAAUUAAUGAAAUAAAAUAAGCACGAUUGCUGUGAAACAUUUAUUCAUUUAAUAUGUUAUGAUACAUGCUUUUCGAUCGGUUGUUAUUAAUAGACUGUUAGUUAAAUCUAUUAAAGUGCGCAAGAUAUGACUAUUAUAUUUGAUACAUGAAAAUUUAUACUAAAUAAUGCGGCACUACUGGUAAUAAUUUUUCUUUUUUUCUUUUUAAUCAAUUUAAUUGUAAAUAUAUCACGAAUUACAGAAAAUAAAAUUUAUGAAUGUAUAUAUGUAUAUACUAAUAUAUCACUAACAAUUGAUUAUCGAUAAAAAUUUAUUUAUAUUUUUUUUGAAGUGGAUUAAUAUUUAAAAACUUUUAUACUCUGAUUAAAGACAGCGUAAUCUAAAAUUUUAUAAUUUGUAUAACAGAUACAAAAAAUAUAUAUUUAUGUGUAUAUAUAUUUAAUUUUUUCUAUAAAGAUAAAUCUGUAUUGUUUAUGUAAUUGGUAAAUAUCAUAAAUAUAAAAUCUGAUUGUUAACAAAUAAUCAUUACAACUUUUUUUUUUUUUUUUUAUAUUAAAUUUUAUCAAAAACCUUUUAUUUAAAUUAUCGUAACAGUGGCCCUUUUUUAUGUUUAUUUAUAUUUUUGAUAAAUAAAUUUGAAAUUUCAUUGUUCUCUUACUUUUUUAAAAUUUUAUUAAUCAAUAUCAAUAUAGAUUUUUUAAAUUUUUAUUUGAUUAUCAUAUUCUCACUUAGCUCAUUCAGCGCCCGAUUUAUAUAUUUAAAAUAUAUAUAUCUGAAAGUGCUUCUCUCUUUGGGUAAAUGUUAAAAAUAUACAUUAUCGAUAUUAAUGUUUUUUAAUUUUUCCUUUAAUUAAUUAUCAACUACUAAUUGUUUUAUAUUGACAGUAAAUAAUAAUCUCUCACAGUUUUUAUUUAUUGUAACUUUUUCUAGGCGUUGAAAAAUCAAUGUCAACAAAAAAAAAAUCACAUUUAGUAAUUAUCAUAAUUAUUUAACAACAAACUUAUUAAUAAUAAUAAAAAUAAGAUUAAUAAUAAACAAAUUUAAACAAAGUAUAGAAUAAAACGCUUCUUAAUUAAUAAAAGAACAAUCCAAUACAAUUUCUUUAAUAUUUUUUCACAUAUGAUUCAUCACUAUGAAAUCAAGUCAAUAAAAUCUUAAUAAAAAAUAUUAUAACCGAAUCAUGAAUUAUUAAUUAAGGUACUUAGUGUGAUAAUUAGCUACACUCAAUUCCACGGCUCUACAAUAAAAUAUAAUUUCCACAAUAAUUAUUUAUAAAUUCUGCUUUUUAUAUAAAUAUAUAAUUUAAAAAAAAUUUUUUUUCAUUUUUAAAGAAUCUCAAAAUAUCAUCCAUUUUUAUUAUAAUUAAAUCACGAUACCAAUUAUGCAAUCAUUUAUACCGAAUGAUCAAUUGAUUAUUUAUUUAUUUUUAAAAUAAAAAGGAAGCCAAAUACAUGUACAAACUAUUUAGAGUAAAAGGCACCUGUAUACGCUGGCACUGAAGAAUAUAAAUAUCGUUAUCAGUAACUCGUAAAAAAUAAAAAAAAAAAAAAAAAAAAAA